AUGACUGCGCGCGCCCUCCACGCGAGUGGGCUUCGCGACGCCCGCCCCGCGCCCCGCCUCCCGCGGGCCCUGCCCUGGCGGGGGCUGCUCCGGUUCCUACUCCUGCUGCUCUUCCCUCCGCCCUCUGCCUUUUCUGCCUUGUUCAAAGUAGGGGUACUGGGCCCCUGGACAUGCGACCCCAUCUUCGCCCGGGCGCGUCCGGAUCUGGCCGCGCGUCUGGCCGCAGCCCGCCUGAACCGUGACCUUGCCCUGCAAGGCGGCCCGCGUUUCGAGGUCGUGCUGCUGCAGGAGCCUUGCCGUACGUCAGGGUCGCUGGGCGCUGUGUCCUCUGCACUUUCCCGCGUCUCAGGUCUUGUGGGCCCCGUGAACCCUGCAGCCUGCCGGCCCGCUGAACUCCUAGCCCAAGAGGCUGGGGUUGCGCUGGUGCCCUGGGGAUGCCCCGGGGCGCUGGCGGCGGGCACCACGGCCCUGGCUGUGACCCCCGCCGCGGAUGCUCUUUAUGUCCUCCUUCGAGGCUUCCGCUGGGCGCGUGUGGCCCUGGUCACCGCCCCCCAGGACCUGUGGGUGGAGGCGGGACAGGCUCUGUCCACCGCACUGAGGGCCCGGGGCCUGCCGGUUGCUCUGGUGACGUCCAUGGAGCCAUCCGACCUGUCUGGAGCACGGGAGGCCCUGAGGAGAGUCCGGGAAGGGCCUAGCGUCAGAGUAGUGAUCAUGGUGAUGCACUCAGUGCUGCUGGGAGGCGAGGAGCAGCGCUACCUACUGGAAGCCGCAGAGGAGCUAGGCUUGGUGGAUGGCUCCCUGGUCUUCCUGCCCUUCGACACCCUGCACUAUGCCUUGUCCCCAGGCCCGGAGGCCUUGGCUGCGCUUGCCAACAGCUCCCAGCUUCGAAGGGCCCAUGACGCUGUGCUCACCCUCACACGACACUGUCCUCUGGGAGGCAGCGUGCUGGACGGCCUGCGCAGGGCCCAAGAACACCAGGAGCUGCCCCCAGACCUCAAUCUGCUGCAGGUUUCCCCGCUCUUUGGCACCAUCUAUGACUCCAUCUUCUUGUUGGCUGGGGGCGUGGUGGAAGCCCAGGCCUCCUCUGGUGGUGGCCGGGUUUCUGGAGCUGCUGUGGCCCGCCACAUCCAGGAUGCCCACAUCCUUGGGUUCUGCGGGGCCCUAGGAGGAACUGAGAAGCCCCCUUUUGUGCUGCUGGACACUGAUGCAGCUGGAGACAGGCUGUUUGCCACACAUAUGCUGGACCCUGCCCGAGGCUUCCUGAGUUCUGCAGGGAACCUGGUGCACUUCCCUCGAGGAGGCCCAGCGCCCGGACCAGAUCCCUGGUGCUGGUUUGAUCCAAAUGUCAUCUGCAAUGAAGGAGUGGAGCCUGGCCUCGUCUUUCUUGGCUUCCUUCUGGUGGUAGGGUUGGGGCUCAAGGGGGCUUUCCUGGCCCACUAUAUGAGACACCGGCUUCUUCACAUCCAAAUGGUUUCUGGUCCCAACAAGAUUAUCCUGACUCCUGAUGACAUCACCUUCCUUCAGCCACAAGGGGGCAGCUCUCGAAAGGUGGUCCAGGGAAGUCGGUCAAGUCUGGCCACUCACAGUGUGUCAGACAUUCAUAGCAUCCCCAGCCAGCCCCUGGAAAGCUCCAGCAUUGGUCUCUAUGAGGGAGACUGGGUCUGGCUGAAGAAAUUCUCAGGGGAUCAUCACAUAGCUAUCCGCUCAGCGACCAAGAUGGCCUUCUCCAAGCUGCGGGAGCUCCGGCACGAGAACGUGGCCCUCUACUUGGGGCUUUUCCUGGCGAGGGCAACAGACAGCCCUGCGGAGACCGGGGAGCGCGUGCUGGCCGUGGUCUCAGAGCACUGUGCUCGCGGCUCCCUCCAUGACCUCCUUGCCCGGAGAGAUAUAAAGUUGGACUGGAUGUUCAAGUCCUCCCUCCUGCUGGACCUCAUCAAAGGAAUGAGGUAUCUGCACCAUCGCUGCGUGGCUCACGGGCGGCUUAAAUCACGAAACUGCGUGGUGGACGGUCGGUUCGUGCUCAAGGUCACAGACCACGGCCACGGGCGACUGCUGGAAGCGCAGAGGGUGUUACCGGAGCCCCCCAACGCGGAGGAUCAGCUGUGGACAGCCCCCGAGCUGCUUCGGGAUCCGGCCCUGGAGCGCCGGGGAACUCUCGCUGGCGACGUCUUUAGCCUGGGCAUCAUUAUGCAGGAGGUCGUGUGCCGCAGCGCCCCCUACGCCAUGCUGGAGUUGACGCCAGAGGAAGUGAUACAGAGGGUACAGAGCCCCCCUCCACUGUGUCGGCCCUUCGUCUCCAUGGACCAGGCACCCAUGGAGUGCAUCAAGCUGAUGGCACAAUGCUGGUCAGAGCAGCCAGAACUUCGGCCUUCCAUGGACCACAUCUUUGACCUGUUCAAAGGCAUCAACAAGGGUCGGAAGAUGAACAUCAUUGAUUCAAUGCUUCGAAUGUUAGAGCAAUACUCCAGCAACCUGGAGGACCUGAUCCGGGAGCGCACAGAAGAGCUAGAGCAGGAAAAGCAGAAGACAGACCGUUUGCUCACACAGAUGCUGCCUCCAUCUGUGGCUGAGGCCCUGAAGAUGGGAACACCUGUAGAACCAGAGUAUUUUGAAGAGGUGACACUGUACUUCAGUGACAUCGUGGGCUUCACCACCAUCUCAGCCAUGAGUGAGCCCAUUGAGGUGGUGGACCUGCUCAAUGACCUCUACACUCUAUUUGAUGCCAUCAUUGGUUCCCACGAUGUCUAUAAGGUGGAGACAAUUGGGGAUGCCUAUAUGGUGGCCUCAGGGCUGCCCCAGAGGAAUGGGCAGCGGCAUGCUGCAGAGAUUGCCAACAUGUCUCUGGACAUCCUCAGUGCAGUGGGCUCUUUCCGCAUGCGCCAUAUGCCAGAGGUGCCCGUGCGCAUCCGCAUUGGCCUGCACUCAGGCCCGUGUGUGGCGGGCGUGGUGGGCCUCACCAUGCCACGAUACUGCCUGUUUGGGGACACGGUCAACACUGCCUCGCGCAUGGAGUCCACUGGGCUUCCUUACCGCAUUCACGUGAACUUGAGCACUGUGCGGAUUCUCCACGCUCUGGACCAAGGCUUCCAGAUAGAGCUGCGCGGACGCACCGAGCUGAAGGGCAAGGGCGUUGAGGACACGUACUGGCUGGUGGGCAGACUCGGCUUUAACAAGCCCCUCCCCAAACCGCCUGACCUGAAGCCAGGGGCCAGUAACCAUGGCAUCAGCCUGCAAGAGAUUCCUCCUGAGCAGUUCCAGAAGCUGCAAAAGGCUAGGCCGGGCCAAUUCUCAGGGAAGUGAGGCCCGGCGCUGGACAGGACUACUCUGGAAAGCCCUUCUCCUGAAAGUUGCUGCUAUGUGUGAUUGAAAGUUGGGCCUUUACCAGUGGCUUCUGUCCAGCUCUGCCUCCAAGGAUUCUGAGUCUUUACAAAACCAUCUGCAAACCAUCUGUGUGGCCUUGGGAAGGUCUCGUUGGAUCUUCAGACUUGUGUACCCUUCAACAGUGGAAUGACAGGGACCUAAGCGAUUUUCACAGACCCGCCCUGCCCUGACUGUUGGACUUCAGAGUGGCUGGCCUUGGGAUAUACAACACUGGCAUAUGUGGACACUUAUGGGGUCCCAAUUCUUAGGGGCUCUGAGCCCACCAGGGGAUGUUGGAGUGAGGUGUUCUCCACUUCCCAGAGCCUCUCAGGGGCCCAGGAAGGGAUCUGGGGUGGCCACUCCAGAGGAGUUGGAGGCCCCCUGUUCCAUUGAGGCAUUGGUGGUCAUGUGGCCUGGGGAGGCUGGGGCUUCUGUUUAGCCUGGAAACUCCCAUUUCCAGUGCCCUCUAGUCAGAAACUGGCUCCUGCAGUGGAUAAAACCAAGUCACUUGCUCACGUGCAGAGAGAAUCUUUCUUUGAGGUUUUGGGGAAAGGAAAUUAAACUGUACCAACCUUUACUAACCAGAACAGUGGAAGAAUAGGAGUAUUCUCUGUUUAACUGUGAGCUCCUGAGCAGACAUUUGGACAGAAAGUCUUCUCUGCUUAGAUCUUUGCAACAACACUCAGUCCUGGCAAGUGCCCCUGGAGUUCUUUUGUGGAACUCUGAUGCCUAGGCUCUGGCAUAUUUGAUUGUUGGUGUUCUUUGCCACAGACCUGGAAGAAGUUAGUGGUAGCUGCAGCAGCACUCAGUAGGUAGUGAGUGUUCAGUCCCUGAAGGUGAGCAAACAGAACUGGAGGCAUUAUUGACAAGUUGUGACAGAGGGAAUUCCUAGGUGAAAGAAUGAAGUAAGUCCUCAUUACAGAAAGUGUGGCUCAUGGGGCAGCAUCAUUACCUGGGAACUUGUUAGAAAUGCAGAAUCUUAGGUCCCACCCAGACCUGCUGAAUAAUAACCUGAAUGACAAGAUCCUUCAAACUACUGUAGGAACAUCGAACUGAAUGUAGGAUUCCUAAAUCUCAGAAUCUCUACAAUUUCAUAAAAGUAACACAGGAAGCUAGCCACUAGACUUGUCUUAUUUAGCUUAUGGGGUGUUUUUGUUUUGAGCUAACAUUUAAAAUUAAUUCUAAAUUA